UCAAAUAGGGCUGGAGGAAAGGAAGGCAGGAGAGGAGAAGAGAGGAGCCGGAGAUGAGAGAAGGUUAGAGACACUUGGACACCCUGGAAGAUACUGGGAGACACUGGAAAGUAGAGUCGAUAUAAAUUUCCAACCCCUGAACCAGCAUUUAAUUUAAGGUUCGGAUUGGAGACAGACAGAGAAACGGGGAACACCGGGAACAUCCGAGCCAUCCGGCGUCGGCUGGAGGACUGAAAAAAACGAAGCCCUGUAGAAGCCUGCAUUUCUAAAGCAUCAGCAAGAGCGUGUGACCAGCACUCAAGAUCUCCCUACAGACCUUCAGCAUGAAGAGAAUUGUUAUUUUCACUCCACUGCUCUCCAUCUGCCUCGUUCUGAUUGCAUGUCGCUGUUGCCUGGCAUCGGCGUUCUGCCCUGCGCAGUGUGUUUGUGAAACGCGUCCAUGGUACACCCCUCAGUCAGUGUACCAUCAGGCGAAGACUGUGGACUGUAAUGAACUCCAUCUAAGCAACGUCCCAAGAAACAUAUCCUCUGACACUCAGGUGCUGCUUCUCCAGAGCAACAACAUCUCUGUGGUGACUUCAGAACUGCGGACUCUUGUUAACCUCACCGAGUUGGACCUCUCUCAGAACCACUUUACACAAAUCCGAAAUGUUGGUCUGGGAAACUUAACUCAGCUGGUCACCCUUUACCUGGAGGAGAAUCAAAUCAAAGAACUACCUGAUUUCUGCAUGAAAGAUUUAAUCAGCUUGGAAGAGCUUUAUAUUAACCAUAACCAGAUCUCUUCAAUUGGCCCACAUGCCUUUUCUGGUUUAGGGAACUUGCUUAGGCUCCAUCUAAAUUCAAACAAAUUGGUGGCUAUUGAUAGUCAAUGGUUUGAAACCCUUCCGAACCUGGAGAUCCUCAUGAUAGGUGAGAACCCUAUACUUGGAUUGGAAGACAUGAACUUUCGCCCUCUUGCUAAAUUGCACAGUUUGGUACUAGCUGGCAUGGGCCUCAGGGAAAUACCUUCUGGAGCUUUUCAAGGACUCGAAUACCUAGAGAGUCUGUCAUUUUUUGAUAACAAAUUGACAGAAGUGCCCAGAGAUGCACUGCGUGCUCUGCCGAACCUGAAGUUCCUUGACCUCAACAAGAAUCCGAUUGUGUAUGUGAAGGCGGGUGACUUUCGCGACUUUGCCCACUUGGAAGAGCUCAGCGUGAACAACAUGGAGGAGCUUGUGGCUGUGGAAAGAAAUGCAUUUUCAAACCUCCCACAGAUGGUCAAGUUGGAGGUUUACAACAACCCUCGUCUGUCCUACAUCGACCGCGAAGCUUUCCGCGGCAUGGCUAGCUUGCGCACUUUGCUCUUUCACAACAAUGACCUCACCCUCCUUCCUCGUGACGUUAUAGCCUCCUUCCCCAACCUGGAUGAGGUUAGCAUACACAGCAACCCUCUCAGGUGUGAUUGCCUCGCAAUAUGGGGGCCAAUCUUCGGCAAUCAGUCGAGUCUUAAGCUUCUGGAAUCCAAGCUGACUAUGUGUGCUUCUCCUCCAAACCUGGUAGGGCACGCUCUCCAGAAAAUAGCAUCAACAAAUUGGGAUGCAGCGAGUAACACCUGCCUGCCUGUCAUAUCUCUGAAUAUUUUCCCUCCCAAGCUUAACGUCACAGCUGGCCAGCCUCUGACACUUAACUGCCGCGCUGUGGGUGACCCUGUCCCUCAGUUCUACUGGGUAACCCCUACCGGUGACAAAGUCACCUCAGAAGUGGCAUCACCAGCACUGAAUGAUGGCAACAGUGUCCUGAGAAAGCACAGACUGCAGGACCAGGGUACUCUUGAGAUUCUCCAUGUUGAACCAGAGGAUGCUGGUUUGUAUACAUGUGUGGCAUGGAAUACAGAAGGUGCAGACACCCGGAGUGUCUCUGUGUAUGUGGACAAGACUAACUGGCAUGAUGACCGUCAGAGAGCCACCCAGCAAGGUGGAAAGAACACCACUGGAGCCCUGGUAAUUCUUGCAAAAGUUGUCCAUGCGCAAUCUGUAGUAUUGGAAUGGAAAGUUUACCCAACUAGCCGGGUCUCCACCCAUGAGAUGCAACAACCCAAGUGGCUCAGUGCUACCAUGAGAAUUAACAACCCUCACAUUAGCUACACCGCAAAGGUCCCGGUGGAUGUUCAAGAAUACAACCUGACGCACCUGUUGCCCUCAACAGAGUACCAAGUCUGCUUGACCAUGGCAUCAACAGAGCAGCAAACUCAGCAGUCCUGCAUCAAUAUCACCACCAAAGAAGCCAGCUUUGCUGUAGAGAUAGUUGCCCAACCAAGCAAUGUUGCCCUGGCAGCAGUGAUGGGCUCCAUGUUUGCCAUCUGUAUCAUGGCGUUGUUGGUUUUCUAUAUGGGAAGACGUAUGAAGCAGAAGUCGUGCCAUCAUUCGUUGAAGAAGUACAUGCAACACGCCACCUCGAUUCCCCUGAAUGAGCUCUACCCACCUCUCAUCAACCUGUGGGAAAACGAAACUGAGAAAGAGAAAGAAGGCUCGGUUGACCCUCACAGCUCACAGAUAGACACCUCAAAGACAUACAUGUGGUAGUUUGGUACAGGAUCAAUAGAAAAGACAUUAAGAGACACUUUAAACAAAGUAUGUUUGGUGCUGUACAUAGACGAUAAUUGUACGUAGUUACUCACUAAGAUGUCAUUGUGAAAGAUGUAUUUUUAGACUGUAUACCCCUCUAUAACUGGAACAACUCUCUACUUAUUCGGGUAUUCGGGUUGUGAAGAGGUUAUAUACAGAGUAGAUAAAUUUUUUUUAAGUGCCCAGCCAAACACACCCCUGCAAUAAUCUUGCAUUACAUUUCUGUCAGCGGUUUUAACAUUUAGCAUGCGAAUAUCUUAAAUAAUAAUUGCAUUAUUUACAAGGUGGUAUCUAAAAGUUUGGAGACUCGCUCCGUUUACAAGAAAGUACUUAUUACCUUCAAAAUAGUCCCCUUGCAAGAAAUACAGCGCUACCAGCGUUACUGCCACCUCUGGAAUGCGUCCUGGAAGUCUUCUUUUUGAAGCGUGUCAAGCGCCUUCUGAGAUUCACGCUGCAUCUCCGCAAUGGUGUCAAAAGGCCGACCUUCAAGCUGGAUCUUCAUCGAAGUCCCGAGUAGGGUGGCUGCGGAAGUGAGAUCAUGUUGCGCUCUGUGACUGUGCGUGCAGCCUUGUGCUGCCAUCUGUUGGCGUGUUACAAAAAUAGUCCCAGAAAUUCUUGAUGCCACCUCGUAUCGUCAUAGAAACAUUAAUAUUAGUCACGGGUCCGAACCGAAACCUUAUUGUCACUGCGCAGGCUGUAGUCCGGGUUGCGUAUUUUGGAUUUCUUGCAUGUGUUUUUUGCAUGAUGUUUAAUUUCGUUCUUAAAAAGUACCUUCGUUUUUCCUCACAUCUCAAAAUACAACGAUGUGAGAAGGUGGAACGCACACACCUUCACCAAUUCGCACCUUCACGUCUGUAUCCAUUUUUCAAAGAAUUUCACAAAACCCCUCUGCCAGCUGUUGUAGGAAAAUAGUUGUUACCUGCGAAUUAAUUCGCUGUUGAGCAUAAUUAAUAACUGCAACAGCAACAAUGCAGCUAUAUUUCUUCACCUUUUACUUUUGGAUCUCACUUUUGAACUGGGUCUUUUGGAAUGUAGAUAUUUUUACUGUUAUGCAUUCUUUUUUUUUCACUUGGUAGGUUUAAUCAGGUUUUUAUGCAGACACCUGGUGUCGUUUAUGUAUCUCCAAUAUCACAUAUAAAAAAAAAACAGUGCUCACAUCUAAAAAUCAUGGGAUCCUGACACAAAUACAGUGUUGUUUUGGCUUUAAACUCCAGCACAAAGAAUUGAAUUUUAUCAGCUUUUUUUUAGAAGCUAUGUGCUUUUCCCCCAUAAUCCUUCAACACUACAACUCAGUGUAAAUAAUCACCAAAUUGUGAGUGUUUCAACACGUCCCCAACACUUUCCCGAAUCAGUAUACAUUCGUUUAUAGUUGAAGACGUUUAUUUCGUUGAGAGAAGACAGAGAAGCACCACAGAACGUGGUCUGAAACACAAAACAUUAUCCGCUGUAUAUCUCAAGACAGGGAGAGCUAGUGAACUCGAGGCAGAAGGCCAACUCAAGGCAGAG